AUUUCACAAGUCUGUGCAGGGUAAACGCGCAAGAAAGUUAGAGAGAGAGAGAGAGAGAAAAAAAGGGAGGAGGGAAUUGGAGAGAAUAUUCAUGGAAAUCAUGAGUGAGCAAGGAGCUGCGUAUGCACCUUGCAACACUCUAAGGGUUAGUCACCCUGGGAACACCCUCCGGGGUGGGGGAAAAGAAAGAAAGAGAGGUUCCGGACUCAGUGGAUCCCGGUGGAGAAGAAGCAUGAUCCUAUAAUCCUGUCCCCAAAUUCAGAUUAAGCGCCUUGUACAAAGGCUACAUUAAAAACGGAACUGAAAUUACUGGAAUGGACACUGUAUCUGACCAUUGUACUGGAGGCAACAAUAUAGUGGAACCUGAACCUGUGUAUGAUUAUCCUCAUAAAGAGUCCUCCUGUUCCCCAUCCCCAAGGGGUUCACCCACCUCCAUCGGCAUCACUGACCGGCUUCUCCUCACUCAAACAGUGUGGUUCCACCCAAGGGUCAACUCAGCUACUGCCCUUCAUAUACUACAGAGAGAGCCACCAGGGACAUUCCUGGUGAGAAAGUCUAGCACUCGGCAGCGAAUGGUUUUAUGUGUGCGACUAUCGGAUGACCGCGGACCAAGUUUUGUGCAUCAAACUAACAUACAUGAGAGUUCUGCAGGUGUUUACCUGGAACAGUCAACACUAACAUUUCCAGAUCUUGUAAGACUGGUGUCUUAUAACAUUAGUGAGAGAGAUGUUCUUCCUUAUGCGCUUCGACUUCCAGCAGCUAUAGAGAAAGUAACUUCACAAAAGCAGUUAGAAGCAAUUUCCCACCUCGGGCUAGAGUUCUGGAACUCAUCCCUCAAUGCUCGAGAUCCUUCUGGAGUGUCAACUUGUUCUUACUCUACAUCUGCCCUUCCUUUGACACCAACUCCCCCAGAUCUUCCAGAUCCAAUCACUCCAAGUAUCCUUCCUACACUUAAAACCCGAAGCCCACAUGAGGUUUCUACAGAAAGCAAGGAGGGUGCUCUUUUCUUUUCGAAUCCUCUCUUUAAACCCAAGGACACUGGGGCUCUCAAACGUUCCCACUUUCAGAAAAGUAUUAAGGUUAGGGUAUCAACAGAAAACUCUGGUUCUCUUUCACCUCCCCUAGAUCCACCUCCUCCAGUUCCUACCCAGGAGACAGUCGCAGAGGAAGAAGAGGUAGUGACUACAGUAGCAUCCCAGGAAGUAGAGUCUGAACAAACAAAAGAAGCAUCAGAAGACCAAGGGUAUAGAAAACCUCGGUCUUCCCUUAGACAACGACUUAAGAAGAGCUUCAGCAAAGGAAGCAUUGAGUUAGGAUUAAAAAAAGUGCCCAAAGAUGUGGGGGACUAUAAUGUCCCUGUGUCUGUCAAAAGAUUACCAGACCCAAAGGACAUGGGAGAGCACAAUUCACACGAUGUAACUCCUUUGGAAGAACAGGAUAGUGGGUCAGUCAGCAGUGCAGAAGGCGGCACAUCAGAGGACGGGGGGAAAUUUUCUCCACAACUUACAAGAAGAAAAAAGAAAAGGAAUGGACGUUCCUCUUUUCGAGCCGUUAGCGGGGCCUUUCUGUCUCUUCUGUCCCCAGAAAGGAAGAUCCUUAUGUUUAUAGAAGAAAUGGGGAGGGAUGUUACACAUGAGUUUGGAAAAGAACUGAAGGCAUUCUUGAGGAAUGUAGAAGAAAGUAGGAGUGUGGCUAAAAACAAGGAGACAGAGGUCGGUGAAGGAUCCCACAAAACGUUGUUAACAGAGGUUAGAGAGUUCAUGAACAAAAUGAAGAAUGUACUUAAGGGAAGCACAGAGUUGGAGCUCCACGUGCUUUCUUCUGAAGAUGAAGACCGGAUUCUUGAGAAGGCACUUCACCGUCUUAUCCUGAAGCCACUGAAAUCUCACCUUGUGAAUGAAAUCCAAAAAGGAAUGGAGGAAAAUGGAGAACUUGAGAGACUUGGUAAAAACAUGCAAGCAGUACAAAGAGGGGGACCAACCCUUCUUGGUGUUUCUUUGGGAUCCCCAACAAUUCAAGACCUGGAGAGGAUUCGACACAAGCUGCUGAGAAUGCAGGAAAAAUAUUCUCCAUGUGACAAGGUCCGUCUGCUUCUCCAAGCCUGCAGAGGGGUUUACCGGAGCAUGGACUCGUUGCAAGACGAUGCAUGUGGUGCCGAUGAGUUCCUCCCUGCCCUGUGUUAUGUGCUGGCUCUGUGUAAUAUGCCCCAGCUAUUGAUACACACUCACUAUACAACAGAGCUCCUGCCCCAGGACACCCUCAUGGGGGAAGGAGGCUACUACCUUACUAGCCUGUCUGCUGCCUUGUCCGUUCUCUCGUCGCUGCACACUCACCCCCAAGACACUGGACUAUCUCUAAGAGAAUGGCACCGCCGGAGACAAGGUCUACCUUCACUUAACGACCUCCAGAACUUUCUACGAGUUGCUCAUCAAGACCCAAUGAAUGGCUGCACUACUAAGACCAUACUCCUGCGCCCUUCACAGACAGUAGCUGACCUAAGCCAUCUCUGUGCCCUCAAAUUUAAGCCUAUGGUUCCUGAGGAAUAUGUCAUUAUUCUCCACUCUGGUGAGGAUCAACAAAUUCUCUCUCCUGACUCUCGGCCUCAAGAAAUAAAAGCAAAACUAAAGGAAACAGGAUCCAGUUUCUACUUCUGUUACCAACGUGUAGAGGACUGCAAAGAAGAGGAGCUUACAAAGGAUGUGCCACAGGACCUAUGAUAUUUCAUAACUUUGAUGAAGAAAAAAAAUCAAACCGCAUAAACUAAUAAAAACCAGAAAUGUUCAAUUGUUUGCAAUGUAAC